GCCUUCGUCGGUGCCAGAGCCCAACGGAGCAAGCAAACCGUUGGUUCAUCAGGGGGUGGCCGGAGCUGUCCCUCUCCCCGGCGAUGGAGGCGGAGGUGGCGGCCCUGUCGCAGCUGCAGCUGCAGCUCCUCGCCCUCGUCUCGGAGCUCCGCCUCCUCCGCGAGCGGGAGCGCGGCGCCCGCGAGGAGCUCCGCGACGCUGGCAAGAGGUGGAAGGAGGCGGAGGAGGAGCGCCGCGGGGAGGCGCGGGAGUUGCGCGCGGAGGUGGCCGCGCGGGACGACGUGAUACGGAGGCUCCAGUCCAGGAUAAAGUGCCUUGAAAAUGAGAAUGAGCUGCUGGAGAAAAACGAAAACAAUUUGAAAGAGAGCAUGGAGGGGCUGCUUCAAUCAAGGGAGGCUUUCAUAAAACAUUAUGAGGACUCUACUUGUUCUAUGCAAUGGACCAUCCAGAUGAAGGAUAAACAGAUUGCCAUAAUUUCAGAAAAGUUGAAUUCCCAUCUUGUUUUAUUUAGCUCGGUAGAAAAGGAAGUUGCUGCAGUGAAACAAGUCCUAGGUGAUGUGCAGUGUCUAGUUGGUGAGAAGGAAAAUGUAGUUGUUGACUUGAAGGAUAAGGUUCAAAGGGUUUCUGUGCUUGAGAAAGAUUUUGUUGACAAACUUAAUUUUCUGGAAAACAAAAUCAGUAGCUACCAGCUUGAACUACGGAGUAGGGCAAGGAUUAUAUAUGAGUUGAAAGGUCGCCUUGAUGCCGAGAAGCUUAACAACAGUUUUCAGCCCCAACUAGAAGAACUUAGAAAAGCUUUAUUGGUGAAGGAUGAGACUAUUGAGAGAUUAACUUCAGAGAAGCAGGCCAUGCAUAUGGAGCUUCAUAACAUGGAAAUUGCUUUGCGUAAAUUUCAAGAUAUAUUCAGUAGUAUCGGGCAUGAGGGAAUGAAAAGCUUUUCACCAGUUUCUGAAAGUCAAGAUGUACAGGACGUGCAUACAGAGCAGCUUGAAAGCAUUCCAGGUACACAAUGUGGUCUACCUAAUGAGCAGACCUUGGUGACUAGAAUUGAUGAACUAGCCACCACUUCUAAUGUAGAACAUCAGGUGGAAAUCAAUCCAGGCAGCACGCAAGUACAAAGUCCACUUAAGUCCCCUGCCUUGCCAUCUCCGGAGCCAUCAACAGCAAAUACAGAACCAGCCGACUGCCCUCUUGAAUCCAAAGGAGAUAUUGACAUGGGUAAUUUAUCUCCCACGCGACCAACAGAUUCUGCAAACCCAGAUCCUAACUCGGAAAAUCAGUCCUGAUACGCAACUGGGGCUCCUUCGACACUGCGAAUUCUGGCACUGUUUGUAUGGCCACUAGCCAGUUAGGUUGUUUGAGAUAUUUUUUUUUGUUCCUCUCGUUUUCUCCCUGUUAACGGGCAGCCUCCUGCUGUCAUUGAGAAGAACAUGAAUGGUAUUAUUUUACAUUGCGCAGCAGCUCGUUCAGUGUCGAUCCUUCCGACGCUAUGAAAGCCCCUCGUAUAUCUGUUACUACGUAAUUAAAGUGCUGGCUUCAGUUGCAUUUUCUUA